UCAGCAGUCUAGUGCAAAUACGCGUUUACAACACCUUGUAAACACUAAAUAUAUUGCAUUUAUGUGGACGUUAUUUUCGGUAAAUCAUAACUCGUCUGAAAUCACACAACAUCGGUCCUCCAUCGACGUUUUAACGAGCGUUAUACACACAAUAUUUAUCCACUGAUUCAUUGAUUCUUUACUUGUCAUGUGGUAUGUCAUCAUAGUGCAAGGUAACCAAUCUUUUGAAGACGUUUCGGGAUUGAUGCCUAGCAGAUUAAGAUGAAACUGUCUGAAGCCAUUACGCACAAGAAUGGGAGGCAGCGGAAGCCUCUGGUGUCCAAAUUGGACGUGAGUGAAAGGGAGCCCAUGCUGUCUGAUUUAGAUGUGGAUGAUGACGACAAGGAAGCUCUUUUGCAGAACUCAGACAGGGAAGAUGGACCAGCUAAUGUGCGUAAUGGGAUUCACGGAGAGCUGGGCAGUGUUGCCCUGCUACUGUUCUUGUAUGUGCUUCAGGGCAUUCCCUUAGGCCUGGCUGGAAGCAUCCCUCUCAUCAUGCAGAGUAAGAGCGUCAGCUACAAGGACCAAGCCUAUUUUAGCUUCGUCUUUUGGCCCUUCAGCCUAAAGCUGCUCUGGGCUCCCCUGGUGGACUCGCUAUACCUGGGGAAAUUUGGUAGGAGGAAGUCGUGGCUGGUACCCACUCAAUAUCUGCUGGGUCUUUUUAUGCUCUAUCUGUCAUCCACUGUCGAUGCAAUGCUUCAGACAGAUGGACAGAAGGGACCUGAUGUGAUCACCCUGACUGCAGUCUUCUUCAUUCUGGCUUUCCUUGCAGCCACGCAAGAUAUUGCCGUUGAUGGCUGGGCUUUGACCAUGCUGUCCAGGGAGAAUGUGGGUUAUGCCUCCACUUGUAACUCUGUGGGCCAGACAGCUGGAUAUUUCCUAGGCAAUGUAUUGUUUCUUGCUCUUGAGUCUGCUGAUUUUUGCAACAAGUAUCUGAGGUUUGAGCCUCAGGAACAGGGCAUUGUAACACUCUCAGAUUUCUUGUUUUUCUGGGGGAUUGUUUUCAUGGUGUCAACCACUCUGGUUGCGGUCCUGAAAAAGGAGAAUGGCAGACAACACUGUUCCAAGAAGAAGCCAAGAGAGGAGGCAAAGGGUGUUAUGGAAACUUAUAAGCUUUUGUUCUCCAUCAUUAAGUUGCCCACUGUCUUUACCUUCUGUAUCCUGCUGCUAACUGCUAAGAUUGGUUUCUCUGCUGCGGACACUGUGACAGGGCUGAAGCUAGUGGAAGCUGGGGUUCCUAAAGAGCAGCUGGCUCUUCUGGCAGUUCCCAUGGUGCCCCUGCAGAUCCUGCUUCCUUUAGUUAUUAGUAAAUACACAGCUGGUCCACGUCCACUUGAUGUUUUCUACAAGGCUUUUCCAUUCAGGCUGCUGAUUGGUCUGGAGUAUGCCCUACUUGUCUGGUGGACCCCAACUGUUCGGCAGGAGGAGGGCUUCCCUGUGUAUUACUAUGCUGUUGUGCUGCUAAGCUAUGCUGUGCAUCAGGUGGCACUAUAUAGCAUGUAUGUGGCCUGUAUGGCCUUUCACGCUAAGGUUAGUGACCCUGUGAUAGGCGGCACCUACAUGACACUUCUGAACACUGUGACUAAUCUAGGGGGGAACUGGCCCUCUACACUAGCUCUGUGGCUGGUAGACCCUCUCACCUUUAAAGAGUGCCAGGGAGCACCUGGACAGACAUGCAGCUCCCUAGAAGAAGCAGAGCUCUGUGUUAGAGAGGGUGGCAUAUGUGUGACUGCAUUGGACGGUUACUAUGUGGAGUCUGUAGUGUGCAUUGUGAUUGGUAUCAGCUGGUGGAUAAUUUUCGGGAAAAAGAUGAAGCGAUUACAAGAAGAGAGCCCCUCUGCAUGGCAUUGCAGUGUUGCCAAAUAACAUCAUCUCUUCUGGACUCAGCACGCUACUGUCACUCUCAUUUUGAAGUUACUCUAUUCUUUGCCCUUUCUCACCCUCUUUCUUCCACACACAGUGACUGUAAAUGUUUUUUUCUCACUACACAAGGCCUGUGGACAGGCUUGAAACCUUUAAAGGACUGAAAUGGUCAAAUAUGCUGUACUACUAAAUAAUUAUCAUCUGUACUCCAUUAUCCUCCAGAACCAUAAGUUUAGAGCCAAACUGAAGGCCAAUAGAGCUAAUGAUUCACAGAAAUAGUUUGUGUAAAGAAUUGAUGCAUAACAUUUAUUCUCAAAAACUUCAACAUGACAUUCUCUGCUCAGAUGCCUGCUUAAUCAAGCAUUCUAUGCCUUUAUUCAAGAAAGACUUAAUUGUAACUGAGCUGUCAGGUCUGAAAUGGAAUACUGAUAUUUCUACAGAGUUUCCCAAUUUCUAUUUUGGGCCAUGUUGUAGAUAUUGCAUUGGUUGGUCUUCUUUUGAUUGAUUUGCUUAUUUCUGUAUCAUGUCAGAGAAUGUGGGCUGGGUUAGUCUGAUUUUGAGUUUAAGAUCUUAAAUCACUGAGAAACAAAAUUAACUUGUUUUCAACAUAAUAGGCAAGUGACAUUGUUCUUUGUUUUUUAAUCUGUGGAUUUAUUAAUUUACCCUUUUCAGUAUGUUUUAUUAUUAUGUUUAUUAUUUUUUUAUGACCAGUACAUUCAAUGCCAUUUGAAUGUGUGUGACUGAACUCAUGUUCAUGCAACCAGUCAUGUAUUUUGGAGAAAAAACAUUUGUUUGCUUUGCUAAAACGUGUCAACAAAGUAAGGAUUAUCUUUUCUAUAAAUGAUUUAGACGUUCCAGCUACUGAGCGGAAUGUCCAGAAUUUAGAUGACUAUAGUCUGUAAUUGGAUGUUUAUGCAAUCACCAGCACUUUUACUGCAGGUUACAUGGGUCCUUGAUGGUGACUUGUCUUUUAGGCUCACCAUUUUACUUGAUUUUAAAUUUGCAGCAUGCAAAUGUAUUUCCUUUGUUUAUUAAUUAAAUGUUCACUUUCACGGAGUGCAAUUUGGGGAGAGGGUACAGUUGCAGUGACUUUUGUAAAUACUUGUAAUUUGUAAACCGUUCUAACGAACCGUUUUUAUAAACAUUCCCAAAGUUUAAUGUAAUAAAAUAAAAAAAUCAAUGAAAGGAAGAUUUGAAUCCGUUGUUUUCUGCCCAUGAAUUCCGUACUCUCGAAAACGCUUUAGUACUGUUUUGUACUAACUUGCUUCACUUGAUGAGUGGGCGGAGUUUCAUUUUGACUGGUUUCAUUUCAUUGCACUAUCACAGUUUGCGGACGAUAACUUAAUCUGUCCGGGUAUAUUACUGAUUCCAUAAUAUUGUGUGAGUUUUGCUGUCAUUGUAAUGGUUCAGAAAUAUAUGACUAUCCAUUUAAUGGCAUUCUGAUACUGGUUUGAAUAACAAUCCAUCUCCGCAUA